UAUCAAUAUAGCCCUGAAAUAAGAUAUGUCUCGAGUGGAGUUGUUUGCCGUUCCCUUAACAAAAACUGGUAAUGAUUUUACGUAACAAUAUUUCACUACAGAAGCUAAAAGGUUUCGAGCGGAAAUGGAUCAGCAAUUGGUGGAAAGAGAAGCGUGCUCAAAAUGCCACACAUCGGUAGAGAUCGAAACAUUUGAUGACAUUGAGCCUGGUGACCAUAUUUCUAUUAGAGGUGAAUACUUUUCCAAAAGGAAAUCUAGAUGCAUUGUAAAGAACCUUUACACACAUCAUGCCAUCGUAAAUGAAGUGAAACAGAAAACAAAAGACAGUCGAGGAGCGAUAGCUGAAGUGUUUCAUGUUAUGCCUCCUGGCAAAGAUAAAACAAAAAGUAUAAUAGUAAAAGAAGAGAUAGCACUUAAUGUCCAAAGAGACAAUAUAAAAAAGAUAUCUUACGGAAACAAUGUUGCUAAAACCAAAGAAAACAUACUCCGAAGCGCAAACACCAAAUUUGAAGACGCAAGGCAACCCUCCGUGCCAUUGAAAUUGUCAACCUCACCGACUAAUGAUACUUGCCAGCCAUCCGUGUCUACGGCAUUGCCAACCUCACCGGCGGAUAAUGAUUGCCCGCCAUCCGUGUCUACGGCAUUGCCAAUCUCACCGACAGAUGAUGAUUGCCAGCCAUAUGUGUCGACGGCAUUGUCAACCUCACCGACAGAUGAUGAUUGCCAGCCAUAUGUGUCGACGGCAUUGUCAACCUCACAGACAAAUGAUGAUUGCCAGCCAUACGUGUCCACGGCAUUGUCAAUCUCACAAACAAAUGAUGAUUGCCAGCCAUCCGUGUCGACAGCAUUGGCAACCUCACCGACAGAUGAUGAUUGCCAGCCAUAUAUGUCGACGGCAUUGUCAACCUCACCGACAGAUGAUGAUUGCCAGCCAUAUGUGUCGACGGCAUUGUCAACCUCACAGACAAAUGAUGAUUGCCAGCCAUACGUGUCCACGGCAUUGUCAAUCUCACAGACAAAUGAUGAUUGCCAGCCAUCCGUGUCGACAGCAUUGGCAACCUCACCGACAGAUGAUGAUUGCCAGCCAUAUAUGUCGACGGCAUUGCCAAUCUCUCCAACAGAUGAUGAUUGCCAGCCAUACGUGUCGACGGCAUCGUCAACCUCACAGACAUAUCAUAAUUGCCAGCCAUCCGUGCCGACGGCAUUGUCAACCUCAAUGACAAAAGACGCAUGUCAAACACCCUUGUCAACGACCCUGUCAACAAUAUCGAUAAAAGAAAAUACUCAACACACUCAGCCAACAAAAGAAGAUUCAAAUUUAAACGAAGCUACUUUUGAUAACUAUCAGACAUACGGAACUGAAUCAACUCAAGCCAACAAGCAAGUUGAAAAUGCACCUAGCAACGAGAAGUAUAGGACAUUGUUUAACAAUUGCGAACAUUUUUGUCACAGUUGUUGUACAGAUGAGCGAGAAAGUUUUCAAGUCUAUAGAUAUUGUACCUGUUUGCGACACUGUGGUGAAAGCCUUCUUUACAGCAUACCAAAGCUUAUCAGAUUUUUACUGAAGGUUUUGAUACUAACUACGGAUGAUUUCAUAAGGAAUGUAUAUAUAGCCGGUGGUAUCCUUUUAUUUUUAUUAAUUAUUUAUUUGAUAUUGUUGUGUUUAACGUUUAAGCAAAAACUAUUCUGUUUUUGCUGUACAAGAGGGGCGUACUGUCGUUUGAAAAUGCCAUGUUGCUAUGGCAGUUGUUGUAAACUAACCGAAAAACAAGCAUGGUAUUGUAAACGCUGCCAUAAACGCAACAAGCGUCUCGGAUGUAUUAGGUUCGUUAUAAUUUCUUUCUUUCAAGGAAUAGGUUUUGCAGGACUGGUCGUGAUGAUUUAUUAUGAACUUGAUCCUAAGAUCUAUGGCUGGAUCGGACUUGGAUUCAGUGUUCUUACAAUGCUGGUUUAUACUUUUGUACCGUCUUGCCUUUUAAGUCGACAUUGUUCAGAUUGCCCCAAGUUUAUUUUUGGCAAAUGCUGCUGUUAAGAUACCUGAUGUGACUUUUCUUGAAUUUAAGUUACUUGCUGUAGACACCUUUCCUGGUGUUCUACACUUUUCCUGGUGUUCUAUGCCGACAGAAAAAUUGCUCAUUCGUUGACAUUUGUGCGUGAAAAUGGCAGCUCAUUUUCUAAUUAUAUAGCACGGUAAUACUAUUUCACUCAAAUCCAAUUUAUCAAACUCAUAAUUCAAAGAACAUCAAUAAACAAUUUGAGUUGACGACAAAUGAUAUUUUUUGUUGAACAGAAAAAGGUCGUUAGAGUAAUAAAGUCAUUAAGCAAAGGUCUCGGAAUAGUUUGAGAAUGUGUUCUUUUCAACAAUGGGUCCGGCUCACGUUAUUCUUUCCGUACAAGGUUACGGUAACAAACUGAAACAUUGUUUUAUCUUUUGCUAUAUCGGUUCAAUUGUAUCCAGUAAACAUUUUGUUUGAUGACUUUGAUUUGAUUAAUGCCUUGAAGUCUUAAUGUAUAAUGCAAUAAUCAUUUUUUUUUAAAUAUUAUUGUAAUAUUGGCCUAUGACCGUUUUCGGCCAUAUGAUAAGUAAUACUAAAUUUUCGUCUAGGAGAGCUGAACUGGCACUAAAGAUCCAAAAGGCUUACGUUUGAUCUGGUAGUGAUCAGCCUGGGAUGAGUUAUUCUCAAAAGUUAUCCCCUUUUAAACAGAAAUCCAAUCUCAUCAAUAGAGUCAAUCAAACCGAGUCAUACAAAACAACUCGUUCUAUCUAUGAUUUGGUGAUAUUCGCAAUUCUUGUAAAAUAUUGACCUAACUUGGUAACCUGCUGAACCUGGAAUAAAGGUUAUGCUCACAAGUAAAAGUAAAAUUUUAAUGUAAUUUAAAGGUUUUUACAAAUGACACAAAAGAAAAAAUGUGCUUAUUGUCCCGAAGAUAUUGUAUGGAAAGUAGGAGCUGUUUUCUGUGUUUCAUUUUUGAUAUAAAGUUAAUUUAUUAAAUCCAGAAGGUAAUUAGACCAAUGUGGCAAAUAUUAGCAACGUCAUAUAAUUGGUUAUGAAUUUGAAAUAAGAUACUAAAACUAACAUAUCUAUCGCAGACUAUAGUAAUACUUUGCAGUAAUAUAACGUAAACAGCUUAAAUAAUGGUGUGGGUAGAUGUAUACAUGUAGUUAGGAUAAACACAUGUUUAGGAUGCAAGCUACACUUUUUGAAGCUUAUCUUAAGAACUAGAAACAAAAGUGUUAAGCAACGUUGUACCAAAUAUUCAAUAUGGCCGUCCAGAUGGCAAACACAUUGUACAAACUUAUAUCUUGGUGUGAUUAAAUUAGUUAUUUUUAUUUUAAAUAACACAAAGCUGUAUUUUAUCAUGCAACAGCCAUGCCUACACAUUUGCCGAUAAUAUAUGUGAUUCAUAUGGCCACCAAGAUUAAAAAUCACCUCAAAAUAUAACCAAAAUACAUUUUUCAAAAAAAGUUUCUAUCAUAAAAGUAUUUCAUUUAAUGAAUUUUCACAUAGAAUAGUAUUGAUAAUAUAUACUUGUGAUGAAAUCUAUAUACCGGAAACACAAACAGAUACAUUUCUUAUAUCUUGAACGCAAUAAGUCAAGCUAAAAUUGACGGUGGAGGGCAGAUGUAAGAAGGGUUUGAAAUUGAACUUUAACGUAAUUUCAUACAAGAAUAGAUUCAAACAAGAUCUGCACCAUCGCUCCGCCCAUCUUUUCCGAAAAAACGAAAUGACAAGGUUGACAGAUGGCAAAUCCGUUUGGAUGAUGUGGCAUUACAUUCUAACACGACCUAGAUAUUCAAUUUUAUAAACAAAUUCCCAACAAAACAAAGAUAGAGUUUAUUAUUUUUUAAAUAGUUUUAUAAUUAUAAUAAUAAAAUCUACAUGUAUUCACUAUGGUAUAUACAGUAAGUUACCUCAUAUUUGAAAAGCUUUUUCGGUAUAACAUGCGAUAUUUUUACGAGUUUGACAUCUUCUGAGUUUUUAAGUUGUACAUAUAUGUCGUACAUUUUUCUAUUUAUUAUGCGAUUUCUUCAUUAUACUAUGUAGUGUUACCUUUACAAGCUGUGCACCUUUUAUUGCAUGGUGUAGAUUUACUAUUGUACUAUGUAGAUUUGUCAUUAUACACGUAUUAGCUAGAAUUAUCAUUAUACGAUGUGUUUAUAAUUAAGAAAAUUAUGUAGAUUUGUCAUGUGCCAACAUAGUGUGUGCUUUUAUUGUAUAAUGUGCUUUUAUCAUUGUACAUUAAUUUUUAUAUGACGUACAUUCAUUGUUAUGUUAAUAUGUACAUUUAUUAUUCUAUUAAGUUUCUGUUUAUUCCAACAAGUAUGAAGGCCACCGAACUAUACACACAAUAUUACAUUAAUAAAUGUAAUAUGUACUAAGACGAUAUAAUUCUCCAUUAGGCUAAAAAGUUCGCUAAAAUUAUAAUCUACCCUCAAAAUACUGAGCCUUUAUUUUAAAUGCAUAGUAAGUAGUACAUUGUUAAAAUUUCUAAUACCAUUCCAACUUUACAGGACAUUAAGAUAUAAAACUUACCUUUUCAUCUCUAGAGACUCUUAUAUUUCUUUUAACAGUGGGAUGACGAUCUUAAACGAGACUUGAUCUAAAUUUAACAAUAUAGCAUCUACAUAAGCUUCAGUCACAAGAUUAUUUUGAAAUAUUGUAAUAUGUUAUUUUUUUAAUUUCUUUUCAUUUUGUGCUCCGUCUUUGCAGAUGCUAGUCUUUUAAACGCUGUAAAUAUGUAUGCGGAAUGAAAAAAAACAUUUUGAUUAGUUACUUGCUGAACAUCCUAUAUCCAAAUCUGUUAUAGUGCAAGUUACGUUUAAUAAGACUGACCAGAUUUCUAUAUCCAAGACAAUCUGAAUUUAAUAACAUAUUGUAACAUUCUUUUUUACGUAUCUGCUAUCUGGCAUUUUUAUAAUCUUAAUUCAGUAAUAAAUACAUCUUCUUCGAGCUAAUGAUAACUCUAUUACAUGUUUUAUUUAAUAAGCUGAGCAUUUAAAUGUCGUUAUACGUAUAUACACGUACUCUUUUAGUACUUUCUUUAUAAUUCAGACCCAUAAAGUUAUACAAAUACAACUUUAGUAUCAGAUAUUUUGAAAUACAUAUUUUGUGCCAUAUGAAAUACUAGUACAUAUUUCAAACUUUUCAAAAUUGAAACAGUAACACUUUUAGCUUUUAGAUCAAUGCAUUAUGAUUUUAAACAAUGUCAGACGACAUACGAAAUUUAAACCGACACAUAUUAGAAGAGUUAAGUGUUUCAUUACGAGUGUAAUGCUUUGACAACUGGCUAGUCACCAUUGUAAAAAGAACUACAUUGUACAUUUUUUCUUAUUGACAUUUACAAAAAGAUGCAUUCUAUACAGUAAUGGUGUACAACAUUUCAUAGUUUCUGUAGUCCUAAAAUUAUGUCUGUAACAAGGGCAACAUCAUUCACUAAUAUCAAAAUAAAUACUUCAGCUAAAUCUGAACUCACCCGGACCCCAUAUUACACAUACAACUGAUGCUAGUUCAUUGAUAAAUAAACAUACAAAACCGGAGACUCAGCUUACACCAUAAUUAUACGCCUUAGUAUGUUGUAUACUGUUUGUAGAUAGUUGAUGUUAUUGUAGAUGUGUCAUUAUAUAUUGUAUAAUUAUAUGUGUUUUUCUCAUUAUAGGUUAUGCUUUAAUUAUUAUAUGCUAUGUAUUUUUAUAAUUACUAUGUUAUCUUUUGUACAUUAACAAUUAGAGAUGAGUUAUUUUAUUAUGUAGAUAUGACAUUAUAAGGGUUACCCUCAUACCCUCGUGGCGAUGGGAGGUGUCGAGAGUGAUUAAUAUAAAGUGUAGAACAUGCUUCACAAUCGACCUAAAAUAAAUUAUAUAUUUAAUUUAUAAGAUGACAAUUGACCAUUAUAAUUUUAUAUGUGAUUAGAUUUUGAUAUAGUCAAACAUUAACAUUAUAUCUUGUGCACAAUUUAAUUAUCAUUAUAUGAUGUAAAUAUAUUCGAUAUCACAAUUUAUAAGUGCCCAUGGUUAUUUAGCUAAUGCAUUAUAUGUAAAAAGGUAGCCUAAAUAAAUCCGAAUUUUGUCAUGAAGUGUAGGUGUUUUUUUAUUAUGUAAGCAUGUAAUAAGCAGAAAAUUCAUUGAUCUUCACAAAUCAGCAUAAAAUAAUAAGAAAAUUUCUUUGUUUUCAGUGUGAUAUCGGAAUGUAUCUUCACAAAUAGGGGAGACAAUUCGAAUAUUUUUUCACUAAGGUUCCGCCUUCGUGAAAAUAUUGAACUGUCUCCCUUAAUAUCGGUAAAGAUAAAUAUCCAUAUCACACUGAAAAAAAAGCAAAUAUCCUCCAUAUUUUGCAGUGUUUUUCAACCGCAGUGCAAAGAAAUGAUUGUCAAAACGAUCUUCUUGAUAACCUGUGAAACUUCGAUAAAGACUUUGAUAUGAUCACGAUAACAUGACUUUUUUAUUAUUCAUGUAUGUAUACCGUAAAUAUCCGAAUAUAAGGGAUUCUUUAAGUAACCAUGAGACAGUCUCAUUUCCAUUUCUAUCUUCGACUUAUUCUAUCUUUCUACAAUUCUACACAUACAGCUUUUUAUAAUUACUACUCGAUUUUUCUCUUCCCCUUUCCAAUUUUCAGAUUAAUAACGAUUCAUAUUGUAAGACUACGUCCUUGACGCUCGAUAUACCCUACAGUUUUAUUUUGUCUGCGAGGGAGAAUUCUAUAAGACUUGUCUACCAUUUUUAUCCCUUCCUGUAUUGUCUUAUGUAUUAAUGUAUGUACUUUAUUUUGGGAAUUUGUCUUUACUAAUAUACAUAUUUGCUCAAUGAUAUCACUAAAACAAAUGUUUGAACAGAGACCCGGUACAGCAAUUAAUCAUUGUGCAAAAUUUAAAAACUGACAGCAAAGUUUAUUUACGGUGUAUUGGUCCAGUUUCUGAUAUCAAUUUUAUUUCAUAGAGCGCUUCUUGUAGUCGUCUCUUCCGGAUUUACCAUUUGAAUGUGUACGGAAAUUUUGGAGCCCAUUUCUCGGGAGUCAUGAAAUUGAUGUUUCUAGCGUAAAGUUUAGCCAAUUUGUAUUGUAUUUAGAUAUAUCGCUAUACACGAUUUAUUGAUGAGACAUCCAAUAUCCAACAGACUAAACUAAUUUUUUGUCCAUUUAUAAGAUUGUUAAAACCUUAUCUGUAUAGCAAUUUGAGUUUGCUUUAGCUUAUUUGUUGACAACAUUUUGUUACAGAUUUAGAGUUUGCUUUAGCUUAUUUGUUGACCCUAUUUUGUUCAAACCUUGUAUAUACAGAAUUAAGAGUUUGUUCUAGCUCGUUUGUUGACAAAUGUUUUGUAAAACCUUAUACGAGGGGCGUUCAAUAAAUACCCGGAAAAGUGCUCUCAAUUCUUCAGGUAUCAACAAAAAUAAAUGAAAAUGCUACAAAAUGUAGACUAGGGAAUACUGAGUUGAUAUGUCAAAAUUAGAUUGUCUUUGGAUAAAUAAUAAGUAAAUGCGAGUCCCCAUGGCAACGUCAUGUGACGUCAUCCGGCCCAAUUUUGUCUCUUUUUCUAUUUUACAUGCGCUAAAACAUUACUUGCCACUUACCUAUUUUUCAAGCUACCUUUUUUUAAAUUGGGUGAAUAUUGGUAUGAAAAGUAAGCGUUACGCCAAUAACGUCAAAUUAUAAAUGUGACAUCAUUAAAAUAUUUGGCAGGCAUAUUGAGUUGGUCGUCGCUUGAAAAUCAGUGUUGAACGGAGAUGUGAGAUAACAUUUUGUGUUCUGAAUCCAAAAUCAAGGAAAGAGACAAAUGCUAUGCUGAAAAAGGUUUAAGGGACAAUGCCCUGAAGAAAACAAAAUUUUAUUAGUGGGACGUGACGUUUAAAAGUGGUCAGGAGAAUAUUUCUGACGAUUUAUGUUACAGACAUGAAAAAUAACGCUCAGUCACAUUUAAUAAAUUAAAUAGCUCCUUGAUAGGGCAUCAGUUCAGUGUCCAAUUUCUUCAAUACGUCAGGAACAUCAUAUGAACAGUAUUUACUUAUUCUUAGGAAGGUGUAAAAUGCAUUUAAUGGUGAUAAACAUUGAAUCAAUGGUAGUCACGAGUUGUAUUGAUUAAUUGAGUGUGAUAUGACAGCAUCAUAAUGACGUUGGGUCGCUUUUGAGGUGAUGGCGUUGCCUAGGAGACGACAAAUAAAUAUUGUGCAUGUUCUGAAAUCUGUAAUUUAGGUAUUUGCAUUCAGUAUGUUCAUAUCCGUCAUAUUUUAAAUUUUUAGCAAAAUGAGACCAGAAAUAAAGAAAUGAGAGCACUUUUCCGGGUAUUUAUUGAACACCCCUCGUAUAUACGGAUUGAAGAGUUUGUUUUAGCUCAUUUGUUGACACGUGUUUGUUUAAACCUUAUAUAUACGGAUAGAAGAGUUUGCUUUAGCUCAUUUAUUGACACAUGUUUGGUAAAACUUAAUAUGAUAUAUACGGAUUGAAGAGAUUGUUAUUAGCUCAUUUUUAACACUUUUUUAUCUAAACCUUAUAUAUACGGACUUAAAAGUUUGCUUAAGCUCAUUUGUUGACACUUGUUUGAUAUAGAAUUUAGUGUAUGCUUAAGCUCAUUUAUUGAUACUAUUUUGUUCAAACCUUAUAUACAGAGAAUAAAGAGUUUGCUUUAGCUCAUUGGGUGACACUUUCUUGUUAAAACAUUAUAUAUAGAUUGCUUCAGCUUGUUUGCUGAUACUUUUUAGUUAAAACCUUGUAUACACAGAAUUUAGAGUUCGUUUUAGCUCAUAUGUUGACACUAUUUUAUUAAAACCUUAUAUAUACAAAUUUUAGAGUUUGCUUUAGCCCACUCGUUCACAAUAUUUAAUUACAGAUUUAGAGCUUUAUUUAGCCCAUUUGUUGACACUAUUUUAUUAAAACCUUGUAUAUACAGAAUUUAGAGUUUGCUUCAGCUAAUUUGUUGACACUAUCU